AUGGUUGAAACUAAGAUUAUGGCUGACCAGACCUGGGAUGUUCAUACAGCUAGUGAGGACAUGCUCACCGAGCUAUGCCACCAAACUGAGAAGUUGAAUGGCAAAAUUGGCGGGUACAAAGAAGCAAUUCGAGUAGUCAAACUUUCAAACGACAUAGCAGUCAAGGUUGGGCGUGGCGUGACGGCCACUAAGGCUAGAACGCAGGAAUUUGCACAUCAAAAUGUAGAUCCGAGUAUCGUUCACGUUCCUGAAGUCUAUCGCUUCUUCGAACGGGACUAUGAUCCCUGCUGGAGCAGCUCAGUGGGCUACCUAUUCAUGGAGUAUGUGCCAGGCCGGACGCUUGCUGAGAUUGACCUUGAUGUGAGAGACGACAUCGUUCCCCGUAUCUCUCAGAUCAUUGUGCAUCUUGGCCAAAUCGAGGUGCGCAAUGACCUGAAAGACGCAGUCCCCGGGCCCAUAGGUGGUGGAAGUCCUCGAGGCUCUCUUUGGGGUGAAGAUGGCGCAGGAGAAACACUCACGUGUGUGUCAGACUUGAACGCUUGGCUCAACAAACGUCUCUCAUUGCAGAAUGACUCUCCACUUGUUUUAUGCCAUCUUGAUCUAGCCCGGCGGAACAUGAUUCUAAGAGACGACAACACAAUUUCUCUUGCUGACUGGGGUUGUGCGGGACUUUAUCCAAGGUUUUACUAAACUAUAACGAUUCCUUACCUCAUUCCUUGGGAUGCACUAUACCAGAAACCUCUAAUCGAAGCUACAAACACUCUACUAAGUUUGACUGACGAGGAAAAGCUCUUGGCGCGACUGGUCCAGAUUGCCCGCUCUGUCAGUCUGCGAUAUUCCUUCGACAUCGACAAAAGGUCAUUUUGUCUACCAGAGGGAUUUUCUUCAUUGCCCCCUCUACCACCACUAGGUCAAUAAAAUGGCCCAUUUAGGAGUUACUAGGGUAGUUGGGGUUGGAUCGAUCAUUUGGAAGGGGUGGGAAACAAGCUUG